UUUGAAUUUAAUUGUGUUCAUAAAAUUUGCGAAUUAUUGUGUAUAAUUGUACCUAAAAUUUAAACAUUAUUACAAAAUUAAAUAUAAUAUAACUCGGUACCAUAUUUUCCAAUAAACUACAAUUUUAAUUUAAUACGAAGUACAUAAUAGUAUUAUAUAAUCCAUUCUCAAAUGAUUUAAGUUAUGUGUAUAGCAGUGACUGCCUUACCAACGUUGAAAACAUUUCUGAAAUACAAUUCCGAUCAUAUGGGUCAGAAAUAUGUGAUUAGAUUAUAGUGAAAUACUUUAUUAAUUUUUCUUUAGUAUGUCAACUGCACCGACCGAUACAAAUACGUUACCUAUUCACCGUUUUCGGCCACUUAUUUUAAAUUAACGUGAAUUACGUCCAUUAAAUAUGACAACAUCAACAAAACUUGGGAGUAAACCAAACAAAUACGUGGUGACAAACAUUUCAAUUUCGGACAAGCCCAAUUUAAAAGGAGAUUGGUUGAACAUUUUCAUAUUAUUAUUACUGUAUACAUUACAAGGGUUGCAAUUAGGCUUAACUAGUGCUAUACCGAUACUUUUACAAAGUAAUAAAAAUGUUUCUUACCAAGAUCAGGCUGUUUUUAGUUUAGUGAUGUGGCCAUACACUUUGAAGCUCUUGUGGGCUCCUUUAGUAGACGCAAUCUACGUAAAAAAGAUAGGAAGGCGAAAGUCUUGGCUCAUACCGGUGCAAUAUAUAAUGGGAUCAUUCUUCCUUUACACAGCCAAUGACAUCAAUGACUUGUUGCCCGAAACGGGAAAACCAAACAUAGAGAAACUAGUGUACGUGUUUUUCGUCGCUACAUUCUUGGUGGCCACGCAAGACAUAAUUGUUGACGGUUGGGCACUUACAAUGCUGAAAAAGAAUAAUGUGGGAUAUGCGUCCAUGUGCAAUACAACGGGCUUGGCGAUCGGCUCGAUGAUAGGUUCUGUGUGGUUCACCCUGUUGACGUCUGAAGACUUUUGCAACAAAUACUUGCGGGCUAAGCCUGAUACGGAAGGAAUAGUUACCAUGGAACAAUUAUUAUACGUUUGGGGCAUUAUAUUUAUGUUUAUCACGACAUUGAUUGCUAUAUUCAAAAAUGAAAAGGAUUGUUCAUUAGAAGAUGACCAUGUAAAGCUCGACAUUUUUCAAAACUAUCGUCUUCUAUGGGACAUAUGCAAACUACCUACUAUACGGAUAUUUGCGAUAGCAUUGUUGACAGUGAAGGUUGGAUUUGCUGCAACCGACAGUGUGUCGCCUUUAAAACUGAUUGACGCUGGUGUAUCAAAAGAUGACAUGAUGUUAAUAAAUACAUCAAUAAUUGUAGCAAAAAUUAUUUUACCUCUCAUUAUUGCAAGAUAUACUUCAGGUCCAAAACCGAUGAGUAUAUACUUAAAAGCUAUUCUUCUUAAAUUACUUUGGAACAUUGCAUUUAUUAUGCUAAUAUACUAUACACCAAAAUUGAUAAAAAUGAAUGGACUAAUAAAUAUUCCAAUUUAUUACUACGUGAUAUUAGUAAUUAUAUUAUCAAUACAGGAAAUUCUAAAUUAUACUAUGUUUGUGGCUUUAUUAGCUUUUUACUCUAAAAUAAGCGACCCUCGUUUUGGUGGUACUUACAUGACAUUAUUGAAUACCCUCUCAAAUUUGGGAAACGCAUGGUCAUCUUUAACGGCACUUGGAAUUGUUGAUUUGUUAACGUUCAAAGAAUGUUCAUUUGAUUCCAAGAACAAUUGUUCUUCACCAGAUCUUCAAAACAGGUGUAUAACAGACGGAGGUGAAUGUGUUGUAACAGUGAACGGAUAUUACAUAGAAAUGGUACUGUGCACUAUUUUCGGAAUCUUGUGGUAUGGUAUUUUCAAAAAUAUUCUUAAAAAUCUUCAAAUGAAAUGCCCAUCUCAAUGGUUGGUGAACUACGCGAAAAAACCAAUUACAAAAAAUGUAUUUACCGUUACUGUAACGUGACAUAUUUUGAUUGCUUUUUGCGUGAAAAAUAGACAGUAUUGUAUGGUUCUAUUGACCAAUCGUUCUGCGUGUUUGUUCAAUAUCCACUCAGCUAUACUUGCACUACCUAUAUACCAGAGGUGGUAUGAGCUUUUUUGAAAGAGAUGAUAUGCAUUUUUGACUGUUCGUGAACAGAUCCCGUUUAACCAACAAAAAAAAAUGUUCAUUUUUGCAUUUAUUUGCAG